CCCUGAAGGUGAGGGUUCCUUGGAGCCUUCUCUGAUCCUCCUUGGGGGGUCCCUGGCUCCACAGUCCAGUCUUCCCAGCUCAGCUCAGCAUCUCCUCACAGCCACAGCAGCCACCUCCAAGAGCCCUGCGCUGAUCAUGCUUUCUGAGCUUGGACUCCCACCCUCCAUCUUGACCAUGGAGCUUCUCCUGGCGUCUGCCGUCUUCUGCCUGGUAUUCUGGGUGGUCAGGGUCUCGAGGCCUCAGGUCCCCAAAGGCCUGAAGAGCCCACCAGGGCCGUGGGGCUGGCCCCUGAUCGGGCACGUGCUGACCCUGGGGAAGAGCCCGCACGUGGCGCUGGCCAAGAUGAGCCAGCGGUACGGGGACGUGCUGCAGAUCCGCAUUGGCUCCACGCCCGUGCUGGUGCUGAGCGGCCUGGACACCAUCCGGCAGGCCCUGGUGCGGCAGGGUGACGACUUCAAGGGCCGGCCUGACUUCUACAGCUUCACCUUCGUCACUAAUGGCCAGAGCCUGACCUUCAGCCCAGACUCCGGACCGGUGUGGGCUGCCCGCCGGCACCUGGUCCAGAAUGCCCUCAGCGCCUUCUCUACCGCUUCCAACCCGGCUUCCUCGUCCUCCUGCUACCUGGAGGAGCAUGUGAGCAAGGAGGCUGAAGCCCUAGUCAGCAAGUUCCAGGAGCUGAUGGCAGGGGCUGGGCACUUUGACCCCUAUAGGUAUGUGGUCGUGUCAGUGGCCAAUGUCAUCUGUGCUAUAUGCUUUGGCCGGCGCUAUGACCAUGAUGACCAAGAACUGCUUAGCUUAGUCAACCUGAAUAAUGAGUUCGGGGAGAUGGUGGCCUCAGGAAACCCAGCUGACUUCAUCCCCAUCCUCCGCUACCUGCCCAACCGUGCCCUGGAUGCCUUCAAGGACCUGAAUAAGAAGUUCUACAUCUUCAUGCAGAAGAUGGUCAAGGAACACUACAAAACAUUUGAGAAGGGCCAUAUCCGGGACAUCACAGACAGCCUGAUUGAGCACUGCCAGGACAAGAAGCUGGAUGAGAAUGCCAACAUUCAGGUGUCGGAUGAGAAGUUCAUCAGUGUUGUCUCAGAUAUCUUCGGAGCCGGGUUUGACACAGUCACAACUGCCAUCUCCUGGAGCCUAAUGUACUUGGUGACGAACCCCAGGAUACAGAGGAAGAUCCAGGAGGAGCUAGACGCGGUGGUCGGCAGGGCGCGACGGCCCCGGCUGUCUGACCGGCCCCGGCUGCCCUACAUGGAGGCCUUCAUCCUGGAGACCUUCCGACACGCCUCCUUCGUCCCUUUCACCAUCCCCCACUGCACCACGAGAGACACAAGUCUGAAUGGCUUUUACAUCCCCAAGGGGCGUUGUGUCUUUGUGAACCAGUGGCAGGUCAACCAUGACCAGAAGCUGUGGGGUGACCCAUCUGAGUUCCGGCCCGAGCGCUUUCUCACUCCUGAUGGCAUUAUCAACAAGGCGCUGAGUGAGAAGAUGAUUCUCUUUGGCUUGGGCAAGCGGAAGUGCAUCGGGGAGACCAUUGGCCGCUGGGAGGUCUUUCUUUUCCUGACCAUCCUGCUGCAGCAGGUGGAAUUCAGCGUGUUGCCAGGCAUGAAGGUGGACAUGACCCCCCUCUAUGGGCUGACCAUGAAGCAUGCCCGUUGUGAGCACUUCCAAGUGCAGAUGCGCUCUUAGGGGCCCGAGAACUCUGAAGCCCAGACUCUGUCUACCUGGCCUACCUGGGCAGCCUGGCCAGGGGGCUGGCCCAGGGGUGUCUAAGCUUCAGCCUGAAACUCAUAGAGACUGGCUUGGCUGUUUUUGCUCUCAGAGCUGUGGGCAAACCUAAGGGAUCAUGCCUGCCCCUAGCCUGGACUUGUCCCUCUCCAUAUCGACCAAGGCAGUGAAAACAGCAGGCCACACAGGAGCUGCUGGAGCCUUCCAAAGUUGUGCUUGAGCUAGGAGGCCUGGUAAGGUUAAGGAGGCCUCUGAGAACCUCUGAAGAGCUCUCUGUUUUGUUUCUUUUUUUUUUUUGAGACAGAGUCUCACUGUGUUGCC